UCCAGCUUUUACCCACACCCGCCGAGUGACCCACACCGACAGCAACGCAGCGGCGCUGAACCAAUGUCAGGCUGCUGAAGAGCGGCCGCAGGAGGCGGGGGGAAACGAGCGAGAGAGGAGGGCGAAGGAGAGCGAGCGAGCGAGGCAGCCUGCCGCCCGGGCCACCCAGCAUGUAAACAAUACAUGGAAGUUCGCAAGUAAUGCUGAGGCCGGGAGCCGCGACAGCAGCCCGAAGUGCCGGCGGGGCGCCUGGAGCAUCCCCCCAGCUCUAAGGCCCGUCCUGCCUCCCCCUCCUCCGAAGGGCCGAGUGCCCAGUUUCCUAGAGGGAGAGGGGAGCGGAAUCGGAUACAGUCACCCGCCGAGGAGAGAGGAGGAGGGAGGGAGGAGGCUGAAGGCAGCCAGGGCAGGAGGAGGCGAGGAUGGAUUUCCAGCAGCUGGCGGACGUUGCGGAUAAAUGGUGCUCCAACACCCCCUUCGAGCUCAUCGCCACCGAGGAGACCGAGAGGAGGAUGGAUUUCUACGCCGACCCGGGCGUGUCCUUUUACGUCCUGUGUCCGGACAACGGCUGCGGGGACAAUUUUCACGUGUGGAGUGAAAGCGAGGAUUGCCUGCCUUUCUUGCAGUUGGCUCAGGACUACAUCUCUUCCUGUGGUAAAAAGACCCUCCACGAAAUACUGGAAAAAGUCUUCAAAUCAUUCAGACCUCUAUUGGGGCUUCCAGAUGUAGAUGAUGAUGCAUUUGAAGAAUAUAAUGCAGAUGUGGAAGAAGAGGAGGCAGAAGCCGAUCACCAGCAAAUGGGUGUCAGUCAGCAGUAAUUUUUGGAGAAAAUUAAAAAUAUACUUUAUCCUACCAGGUGGGGUCUUAUGCUUCUGCAUUAGCAUUUUUUUUUAAAGAUUAGCAUAUCACACUGGAAAAAUCUGGCUCCCAAAUCCCAGGUAUAAAUAAAAAAGAUAAGAAAAAAGAAAGCAACAAUAUUUUUCAAAAGUCUGUGAUGAGCUUUGCAAAGAAGUGGCCUGAAUUUCACUCCUGCUUCAGUGAGGUUUCUAUGGCAUUGUCUUGGUAGCAUUCUGCCAAUGUUAACUUAGACCUAGUUUUUUUUUCUUGCUGACUUGUCUUUUUGUUGUUUUUAUUAUAAUAAUAAUUAUUAUUUUUGUUUGUAAAGGAGAAUUAACGUUUCACUGACCUGAAUGUGAUUUGAAUGUAGGAAUUAUUUGGUUGGUGUGUUAAGUACUCGCGUCCCCUUACUGAGGACCAUCCAUGCAGAGAAUAAAUGCAAUCUGCACUUUC